AUGGAGGAGAAGAGACGGAAGAAGGAGCCGAGUGCGGAAAAGCAGUCCGUCUGGAAACCAAUCAGGUUCAAGCCGCCGCCAGUUCAACCAGAGUUCCUCCAUUUCACGCCUCAGCCUCCCGUAAUAAUCGUAAGUGACCUCCCGGGCUUUUUCCUCCAGGAGGACUUGCCAUUAUCGCGAAAGGGCUAUAAAUACGAGCCCUGCGUGGCAAACAAGUUUCUGCCGAGUGUGCUCUAUAGCAAUUGCGAAGUUGAGCCCUUUAGCGCUGGAGUCAACUAUUAUGACUUGAGCCCCUUUGUGGCCAUCGGUGAAGACAACCGCACAAUCACAACCGCCGAGGGAUACAGAGGUGCUCGAGCCAACGUCAAAAUCAGUGAGGGCAGUUGGUACUUUGAAAUUGUCGUAGUCAAAGCUAACGAGCCAGGGUCUGACGCCAGCGUAAGAAUUGGACUCGCCCGCAGGGAAGCGUCUUUGGAGGCCCCCGUCGGUGCAGAUGGCUAUGGGUACGGGCUGCAAUCAAUCAAGGGCCGUAAAGUACAUCUCUCUCGACCAGCGGAGUUCAUGGAGCCGUUCGGAAGCGGUGAUGUCAUUGGUUUUCAUGUCGAGAUCCCCAGGACCAAGGUUAUGCAUGCAAACGCUCGCCGAGACAGGUAUCCGGUCGUUUACAAAGGAUCUAUUUAUUAUGAGGUGCUUGAUUAUGUCCCUAGCAAAGAAAUGGAUGGGCUCUUGUUGCCCAAAAUGGCAGGCGAGCCCAAGCAGAAUGAGAUUAUCCCCGGCAGCAAGAUAAUUGUUUACAAAAAUGGCGAGUUAGUAGGGCCCAUGUUUGAAAAUCUUCGCGAGUUUCUGCCCCCAUUUAGCCAGUACGACCUGAGGCAUCACGUUCCUCCGUUUGACGAUGGAAUGGCCGGGUACUAUCCCAUGAUUUCAGUGUACCGCGGUGGGCAGGCCAAAUUUAAUUUUGGGCCUGAGUUUGUGGGCCAGCUCCCGGAAAAAAGCCGGCCGCUCUGUGAGGCAUAUGAUGAACAGAUUGCCGACAAUAUAACUCUGGAUAUUUUGGACGAAGUCGAAUUCGAAGAAGUCGAUGCGAGCGUGACCCCGCGAACAGUUACAGAAAGCCCAACUGUUACACCGGCACCCUAA